AUGAGAGGCAUCGACACAAACCCCAAUCUCCGCAAGGAACGCCACCAAGAAAACCUCCAAGCAGCAGCAGCAGCAGCAGCAGCCGCAGUCAUGGCUUCCUCUCCUAACAAUGAACUCUUCCUCUACGACCAUCCCGUCUCCAGCUACGCCCAGAAAGUCCGCAUGGCCCUGCGCUUCAAAUCCCUCCCCUUCCAAAAGGAAACCCCUCAAAAUCUAGGCGCCGGCCAUCCCGAUCCAUCCUUCUCGUCCGCAAACCCCCGCCUGGAAGUCCCAGCCCUCCUAGACGGAGAUUUCAGAAUUUUCGAUUCCACCACCAUCGUCAUGUACCUCGAGGAGAAGUUUCCAGAACCGGCAUUGUUUCCCAGAGAUCCGAGGGAGAGGGCCGAAGCGAGGAUGAUGGACGACGUGUGUGGGACGCACUAUGAGGCUGUGAAUUGGGCGAUUGGGGAGAUCACUUGGUUUGAACGGGCGAAAGGUGAUGAGGCGAAGAUGUUGAUUGGGAAGGCUGUGGAACAGACGCAUCAGCUUCAGGCAUGGCUGGAGCAGAAAUUGGGUUCGAAGGAUUUUUUCAAUGGCUCUUCGCCGGGCUAUGCUGAUAUCGCUGUGGCGCCCAUCUUGAAUCGGAGUGUGCAUUAUGGGUAUGGACCGAAAGAAGGGUCGCCGUUGCAGAAGUGGCAUGCGAGGAUCAGUCAGAUUCCCUACAUCAAAGAGACUUUUGACGAGAUGGCGGCUGCUGCGAAGAUGAUGGCUUCGAUGGGACCUGGUACUUGGGCAAAGGGCGCUGGUCGCCGACGAGAGUAUCGAGACCAUAGACUUGAGUGGAUGAUUAAGAAUGGUGCGAUCGGGAUCGUGCAGCAAGGACUUGAUGAUGACAAUAUCAGGUUUUCGUGGCCACAUCCGAAGUAG